AUGGCUGUCGCCAGGAUCUUGCUGCUGGCACUAAUCACAUCAAGUGCGGGCCGAAAGUUUGCUGACAAGCAGGAAAUCGACUACGACCAUUUGCAACGUAGCAUCGUACGGAUCGAAACUGUGGGUGCAAGCUUCGACUGGUUUCGUCCCUUCAAGCCGCAAGAUGGACAAGUGAGCCUGGAAAGCGGAUUUAUCGUGCAGACGGAACCAUAUAUCCUCAUUGCAACAAAUCAGCAUGUCAUCAAUGAUGCACUCCGUGUGCAGAUUCAGCUGUUGCUUCAUAGUCAGAUGAAGUGGGACGUGCAAAUCGUUUCCGCGUGCCCCAAGUUUGACCUAGCCCUUCUGACGCUCAAGGAUGAUCAGGGCUUCAAGACCACUCUGAAGGAGGCCGGACUUCAAGUGCAGCCCCUGACCUUGUCACGAAAGGUGGCGGAGAUGGGCGAAGACGUGGUGGCCUUGGGCUUUCCGCUGGGUCAGAACUCCCUGAAGAUCUCCAAAGGCAAUGUCGCUGGAAACGAGAUCGUUAGCAGCAACCUCUGCAUUCAGUCAACUGCCCCCAUCUCGCCUGGCAAUAGCGGUGGGCCAUUGCUGGACAACGCUGGGAAGGAGGUCUUGGGCGUGAACUUUGCUGGUGCCACACGAGGUGAAAACAUCAACUAUGUGAUCCCCGCUUUCCGGGUGCAGGCUCUAGUGAACUUGCACUUGAAGGAGCAGACCAGUCCACCCUGGAGCCGAGGUGGCUUUACGACCCCGGGGCAUGGGCUUACAAUCAUCCAUCCCAAUGAGGCACUUUACAACUUUUCGAAGGGCUGCCAGGAAGGAGUCUUUGUCGGAAGAGUUCACGACGACGGAUUCAUGAGCAAGGCCAAGCCGGAACUUGUGGAAGGCAGCAUGCUUCUUUCCGUAGCAGGACGGAAGCUGGACCAAUUCAGCAAAGCUGACAUCAAGGACCUCAUGCAUGGCAAGGCGGCAUUGGAGGACUUGUUUUACAUCCAAAAGGAUCUGAAGGCUGAGGUUGCUCUUCAGUCGUGCUUGGGUGGCAAGAUCACGGAUCACAAGGUCAACACCACCAGAACACCUGAAUUCAACCAGGGCAUCGUCUACAUUGAUGAACCUGUGACAGAUGGCCUGACCCACAAGUACGAAAUCUUUGGUGACGUCGGUGUCAUGGCCAUGACGCAGAACCAUGUGUCGGAGGCCUUCCAUCGAAGUGGCAACCCCAGGCUCAGCCGCUGGUUGCUACCCGAAAAGGUCACGAAGCCGCGGUUGAUGAUCACCUAUGUCCGUCCUGGAAGCUAUGCGAGUGAGGUUCUGGCAGAAGGCUCCGCUGUUGAGAAGGUCAAUGGCAAGACUGUGAGGACACUGGAGGAGUGGCGAGACGCCUUGAUGCCAGAGGAUCUGGACAUUUGGAGUCUGGAGACAGAUUUGGGCAUCGUGCUGGCAGCACCCUUCCAGGAGACGCUCCGUCGUCAGCUGGAGGGUGGGAAAAAGGAAGGCUAUUUGUUGACCAAAGGCCUGAAGCAGGACUCCACCUUUCAAAUCGCUUGGGCGUCGCUGGCGGAUCUCAGUUACCAGAAGAACUGGAUCAGCACUGGUGAGGCGAACAGAAAGAGAGAUAAGGAGUUGGAAGAGCUUGAGGUUCGAAAGUACUUCUUCGUUGUCCCGCAUUUUCGACGGAAAAGCAGCAAUGAUGAUAGCAAGGUGGAGAAAGACAUGGAAUCCAGAUUUGCUCAGACCAAAUACGACGUCUUCAGAUCGGCGGUGAUGAAGUCGAGUGCCUUCAUGGCCCUCUUGACCGCGGGCGUCGCCGUGCAUGCCACGCUGGCAAAGCUUUGGGUGAGAACCGCCUUGCUUUGGGGGUUGAUUGUGCCACUCUAUGCAGGGUACAGUCUGGUAGCCUCAAGGCGGGGUAUUUGGAAACGCUUGGCACACUACCGCGUGGUGCUCCUAUUUUUGCUCGGUCUUCAGAGUGCCUCAGUGGCGCUAGCCGAGUGGGAUCGGCCACUUCCCACUGCGGGACUUUUGUUGCUGCACACAACCUUUGUGAACAACUUUAGCCCGUUGGGGGUCGUGGAGAUUUUCUUCGUGACGGCCAUUGGCGGAGUUCUACCAUAUCUGAUUUUGACGCUUUAUCCAGACUGGCAGAUCAAUUUUGGUCAGCCGGGGCAUUGCAACGAAGAACCUGGCGCACCUGCUGCUCUGCUCCAAGACAUUGUUCUACCACCCUUUGUUUGUAUUUGCCAGUUUGCAUUGGCCAUUUGGCGUGAUGAAACGAUGCGCUUGGACUUUUUGCUUCGGGAUCAGCUCCAGGCGCAACGACGAAAACUGAAAGUGGAGAAUGAGAAGAGUGAAGAUCUUUUGAAGAGCAUGCUGCCACAGGCCAUCAUUGAUUCCCUGAAGCGUCAUGAGCCAGUUGAGUGUCAAGACUUUCAGAACGUCACGGUUAUUUUUGUGCAAGUGUGCGACUUCUCAGUGAUGUGUUCAGUAUUGCCAGCUACCACGAUUGUUCAAUUGCUGGACAAGGUGUUUCAAGAGCUGGAUCGGCUGAGUGAUCUGUUGAAGGUGCACAAGGUAGAGACCGUUGGAGAUGUCUAUAUGGCUGUCUCCGGAUGCCCACAUGAGAUCGCCAAUCAUGCAGAUGUUGCCGCCCACUUUGCCAUUGCAGCCCAGUCAAGCAUCCUCAGGAUGAGAGCUUCUGAUGUGAUCUUGCCGCAGGGUGUAAAGGGCCGCCGGCUCUCCGCUGUAUUGGGCGAAAAGAGUCUGGAACUGAGGAUUCGCAUCGGCAUGAACAGUGGAAGGAUUCGAGCAGGUGUGGUGGGUCUGGACAAACCGCGCUUCAAGCUCUUCGGUGACACGGUCAACACGGCCAGUCGUAUGGAGAGCACAUCGGAGCCAGGAUGCACUCAGAUCUCCGAGGCUACAAAGGCUAUCCUCGGCCCAGAGUUCAACGCUGAGGAGCGUGGUUUGGUGGAGGUGAAAGGAAAAGGUGCGCUCAGGACCUACUACCUCCGCAGCUACAAUGUCAUGGAGACUGAUGAUUCGAAAGUGCAGGAGUCCGUGACCAUCAAAGUGGUUCACCAGAAGGGAGAACGAACGCGCUCUAAAGAGUUGCUGGAGAAUGUCCCCCAAUCUGCUCCAGGCAACCACUUGCUACGGCGAGCAGCUGGCAACGCGCUGAAGGAACUCGUCUCAGCGGUCCCUGCCCAGGAGUUCCAGAUUCGCAGCAAAUCCACAGGGACUGGUCACCUCUUCGAACACUCUUCGUGGAAAGACUGGGUGGAUAUGAAGCUCCUGCUGGUCUCGAGCAGCUCCAAGCGGCCAGAUAUGUUGGCGCGGAUCGAGGCCGACAAAGUGGAGUACAAGCGAGUCACCCUGGAUCGCCGCAUCUUCUUCUCACGGACCUUGAUCAUCGGAUGGCACCUGAUGUUGGCCUUCACGGCGUUGCUGGAUUUUGCCUUCCAGAUCCCCUACAGCGAUUGGGAGCAAUACCGACUGGGUGUGCAGGCACGCACCUGGGGUGUCCAGGUGUGUGGAUGGGUGCAUUUAGGCUUGCUCAUGGACAAGGCCAGCUUCGAUCACCGUGGUCGCCUCAUCACGGUUGGCAUGCUGGCGCUGGAGGGCGCUGCGAUGGCCGUCCUGGACGCCCUGAUCUUCGGAAACGACACCUCAUUCUUCAUGUUGUAUGGCUUGUACGUUCUUUUCAGUAAGAACUGCCCGAUGCGAGCUCGCUUGACGCUUUGCUUCCUUUCACUGACGGAGUGGGCAGUUGUGGACACCAUGCUUUGCGACUGGAGACUCCAACAGCGUGCUUUUGAGCAUGUCAGCUAUACGACUGUUGUGCUGCUCUUGACUGCUGCUGGAAUCAGGAUGCAGGAGCACUUGGAUCAUUGUGCCAACUACUAUGAACGCCAUGUGCAGAGACAGAUCCAUGACAUUUCAGAUGUGAAGAGAGGCAAUCAGAAGCUUUUGUCAAUGAUUUUACCAUCUCAUGUGGUGCAAAUGGUAAGUGAUGGCAUCUCCCCAAUCGCAGAGGACUAUCCGAACGUGUCUGUGGUUUUUACGGACCUUCAAGGCUUCACUGCUUUCAGCUCUCGCAUUAGCCCAAUGGAAUUGGUGGAAUUGUUAAACUUGCUCUACUCGGCCUUUGAUGAGAUCAUUAUGGACUGGGGAGUUCACAAAGUGGAAGUCAUUGGUGAUGCCUACUUCAUCUCUUCUGGCUGUCCCGUGGAGGAUACAGAUGCAGUCUUUACCGCCGACGAAUAUGCGAUGAGGGCUGUGGAGGUGGCUUUGGCUUUGCAGAGGGUGGUUCCUUCCGUUUGUGAUGACAACUCGGUACAGAUGAGAUGCGGUAUUCACACGGGGAACGUCAUUGCCGGGGUCGUGGGCAAGACAGGACCGCGCUUUCACCUCUUCGGCCCCACUGUAGAAUAUGCCAAUCGCAUGGAGAGCACCGGGCUGCCUGGAAAGGUGCAAAUUAGUGACCGUACAAAGCAAUGGCUGGACCGGGGCGGGCAUGACUACAUCUUUGAGGAUCGGAUUGUGGAGAUCGCGGGACAGGAGGAGCGGACCUUUCUGGUGACCAGAAGCAAGGCCCGGGCGGCGCGGAAGAUCCGUACGGAGCUGGCGAUGCAUCGGCAUGUGUCACCCCACGCGUACGUCAUGUCUGCAGCAACCGAAGCGAGUGAGAUCGUGUAA